AUAUUUUCUUACUUUAGUUACGUGUAAUUUUUCGUUACGUUCACACGUUUAGAUCAUAAUUUCCUAAAAGAAAUUUAAAUUUUGCGAAAGGUCAAGCACACGGCUAACCAGGUAAAUGGUUAGACGCGUGACCGAUCUUCUUAUUUAUUGUGGCCCGAGCAAUCGGUAGUUAGCGGGUAAAACAAGGGCUUAAGUUAAUCGCGACAAUAAGAUUGAAGGAAAUUACGUAAUUAAAUUAAAUAAUCUUCCGCGAUAAAGCCCUAUUAGGAAAUCGUUAUCUCGAUCUUUACUGAUAGCUCAUUAAAAAUUCUAAUAGAUAACACACGAGUUUAAAUUUAAAAGAUCAACUCCUUAACAGCGAUAAUUUCCAUUUGAUGCGUUCGCAGAAAUUCACUUUUUCGUUCUAAUCGCUUUUCAAUAUUUUUUCUCAGUAUAUCCUCGCGACAAUCGCUAAACGUGUUGUCUCGCGCAAAAAAAUUUCCGCGGUUAAACGGUUGAAGGAGAGAUAGAUCUUUGAAAAAUCAGAUACAAUCAUAUUAACGAAACAACCUGUAUAUUUGUUUGUUCGUUCAUUAUUUACACUACGUUAUUUCGGAAUUCUCUCUGUACCCUGUGUUUGCGUUGCAACAAAUUAUUGGACGAUCCCAUUUGGCACAUUUGCUCUCCGAUGAAACUGAAACGUAUCGGGCCUUUUUUGUCAGCGAAUAACGAUAACCCGAAGUAUAGAUAACGGAAUAACGUUCAUUAAAAGGCGUAUCAAGUGUAAUCAGCCGCUCAAUAGCUUUCUGACAGUGAGGAGGUCAUUGGAUAUUACUGUUUCGUUGAUAUGAAUUCAAACUGAUUUUCGAUUGAAUCAAAGCCCCGAGUGAUUUCAUAAAAUUCAGUGAAUUCAAACAGAACACAAUUAAAUACGAACAACUAGCGUUUCGAUAAGACGUAAAUUAUGGAUUUCACACGAUUCAUCACGAAGAUCGUGAGCAGACGGAAGUCCGGCCUUCUUCGGAAAUGGGAUGAAAAACAUUGUAUGCAACAUAGCGAAAAAAUUCGCGGAAACACCGAACGCUGUCAAUUUGGCAAAUGGGAUGCCAAACGCUACAACCUUUCCGUUCGAAGACAUUUCUGUGAAGUUCAAAGAUGGUAACGAAAUAAAGCUAGUAGGGGAGGAACUGAUUGCGUCCCUUCAAUAUUGUCCAUCUCAGGGAUACUUGCCACUAUUGAAGAAAAUGAGAGAGUAUCAAGAAUAUUGGCACAAACCGAAACAAAAUGAAUGGGACGUGAUUUUCACAUCAGGAUCGUUGGAUGGGUGCAGCAAGGUUUUCGAAAUGACUCUGGAAAUCGGGGACCCAAUGAUGAUUCAAGUUCCAUGUUACGAAGGUGUUCUCCAUUCGCUUGCACCACUGAUGCCGGAAUUUCUUGAAAUCGGGCAAGACCAAGAUGGAAUAAUUCCUGACGAGAUCGAGAAAACUUGCAAAGAGAGAUUGCAAAAUGGAAAACCUAUGCCGAAGAUUAUCUAUAUAAAUCCGAUAGCUAAUCCCACAGGAACAGUUCUGACUGAAUCCCGGCGAAAGAAAGUCUACGAGUUGGCUCAACGGUACGAUUUUCUAAUCGUCGAGGACGAUCCCUAUUGCUUCCUCCAUUUCCUCGAGAAAAGACCUGUAUCGUUUUUGGGAUUGGACACUGACUGUCGUGUGAUACGGUUGGAUUCCUUCAGCAAGAUUUUUAGCGCUGGUCUGCGAUUAGGUGUUGUUACAGCUCACAGGGGAUUCAUUAAAAAAUUGGUCUUGCACAUGGAGACCACGAGUAUACACGCAUCCGCGUUAUCACAGAUGCUGUUAUACAAAUUAUUAUGCGCGUGGGACAUGCAGACGCUGCAACAGCAUUACGAUAGUGUCCAAAAAUUCUAUCUUGAUAGGCGAGACAUUAUGUUGGCGUCGGUUCAAAAACAUCUUACGGGAUUAGCGGAAUGGAAUGUUCCCAACGGUGGAAUGUUUGUUUGGAUAAAAAUUCCUGGCAUUAAUGAUACAAUGGAGUUAGUGAAGCAGAAGUGUGUUUCCCAUGGAAUAUUUCUUCUUCCUGGUCACGCUUUUAACUGUGAUUUUUCGAAACCUGACCAAUAUGUUAGACUCUCUUACAGUUAUGCAACUCCAGAAGAAAUUGAAAAGGCACUGUCAACUAUAGCGACGAUAAUACAUGAAGAAAUCACAAAGCAAAAGUGAAAAAUAAACUGUAUUAACAUUCUCGAACGUAUUAUAAUAUGAUUUAAUAAAUAAGUACUUAUUUAACCAUUUACUACGAUUCUUGUGGCGAUUAAGAUAAUUAGGAUUUUG